AUGACGAGGGACGCUCAGCCCUGGCUCUUGGCGUCCUUUUCAUCCCCCGGCUUUGCCAUCGCCAUCCUGGCUGGCGCCAGCGGGCAUUGGUGUCGCCAAACUGUUGGGACCAGCGGAAAUGCGGGGCCGGCGCAGGAGCCGGGCUGGCCCCGGCGAGGAGCACGGAGGAGCUGUGACCUGCUGGCCCUGGCACCUGGAGAAGCCCCCAGCCCCGCCGUCCCGUGCCCAGGGUCACCUCCGUGCCUGGCGGGCGCCUGCAUCCCACCCCCCCGGUGCGCCAUGGCGUCCCGCAUCGGCCCCCCCGUCCACUACCAGUCCCCACCACCCGUGCCCGGAGAGGUCCUCAAGGUCCAGUCCUACCUGGAGAACCCCACCACGUACCACCUGCAGAAGUCACGGGACAAGAAGGUUCAGGCUUAUCUCUCCGAAACCUAUGGCCCCCCCCCCCCCCCCCCCCCCACCCCCUCCCCCAAGCCACCCCCCGCUGCCUCACCCGGCGUCCGACCCAGCCACGUCAUGUCCUCCUCGGCGGGCAACAGUGCACCCAACAGCCCCAUGGCCAUGCUCAACAUCGGCUCCAACCCCGAGCGGGAGUUUGAUGAGGUCAUUGAUGACAUCAUGCGCCUGGAUGACGUUUUGGGCUAUAUGAACCCCGAAGUCCACAUGCCCAACACAAAGAGGGAGCGGACAGAUGCCGAGAGCCGAGCCCUGGCAAAAGAGCGCCAGAAGAAAGACAAUCACAACCUGAUUGAGAGACGGCGAAGGUUCAACAUCAACGACCGCAUCAAAGAGUUGGGGAUGCUGAUCCCCAAGGCCAACGACCUAGACGUGCGCUGGAACAAAGGUACAAUCCUGAAGGCGUCCGUGGACUACAUCAAGAGGAUGCAGAAGGACCUGCAGAGGUCACGAGACCUGGAGAAUCACUCGAGGCGUCUGGAGAUGACGAAUAAGCAACUGCUGCUCCGCAUCCAGGAGCUGGAGAUGCAGGCACGUGUCCACGGGCUGCCCACCUCCUCGCCCUCGGGCGUCAACGUGGCCGAGCUGGCUCAGCAGAUGGUCAAGCAAGAAGCCAGCGGGGAUGAGGGGACACUGGAGCCACUGCUGCCACCUCCGGACCCCGAGUCACAGCCACAGCCGGCACUGCCUCCACCACCCCAGUCUCCCUACCACCAGCUGGACUUUACCCACAGCCUGAGCUUUGAUGAUGGCUCCCGGGGCUUCCCGGACAGCCUGGAGCCCGGCCACAGUGCUUCCUUCCCAUCUCUAUCCAAGAAGGAGCUGGACUUGAUGCUGAUGCAGGACACCAUGCUGCCUCUGGCCUCCGACCCCUUGUUCUCGGCCAUGUCCCCGGAGGCCUCCAAGGCCAGCAGUCGCCGGAGCAGCUUCAGCAUGGAGGAUGCAGACAUGCUGUGACGAGGAGCUGCUCCGACGCUGGGGGCAAGGACUGGACCUUCAGGUUUGGUUAGUGAAGAUACAGGGCACUCUUCUCACAGGAGGAGCCCGUCCUGCCGCGCACUUGAAUCUACGUAGGAGUACCUUUUCUCUAUGCAACGGGGGUCUCGGAUCAAGGCUCGCCGGGUACCGCUGUGUCUUUCGCAAGCUUUUUUUUGCCAGGAGCUGGAGUGGACCUUCUUGGCUCGCCACGCCGUUGGCCUGACUGCAGAUUCCCCAGCCUGGGAGAGUGAUCUCGGCUGCUUUGCCUUUCAGUGAAACCCUCCCGGACUGUCCCCCUUCCCCAGGGUGCUGGCCCGGAGCCAGAGCGGGCAGGAGCCUUCGAGUCCCCGGGAGGAGAGGAGAGGGACGAUGCUCAGAGGUUUUUGCCUGGCUUGCUGCCGCCUUGCCACCCCGCUCCAGGAGCCUACGUAUCCAACGUGUCUUCCCCUGUGGUGGCCUCCAAACCUUGUGGAAGUCUCACGGUGCCACAUCCUUCACGGUUCCUCCUUGUUCGGAGCACCCGCUGCCUCUCCAGGUCACAGGGCUGGAGGGAGAAGAGGUGCUUGGUUGGAGCAAGUUAAUUCAUGGGGCAUGGAAGGUGUUUUCCAAGUGAGCUGGGUCUGAGGCUAUGAAUUCGGGUUGAGAUUGAGAUCUUUGAAAAUGGCUGGGAUGGGGUGUUUGAUGCUUGGUCAACCCCCUGCUGUGACCCCCACCUUGCAGGGGGAUGUCCCUUUGGGGUUUGGCAGCACCCACCACCCCAAAACCUCACUGGCCUCUGGACAAGGGCUGCAUGGUGCCAGGAGACCUUCAGCUUCUUGCGAGACAUCCCCGCAGAGGUGCCUCUGCCCCGAAAUGCCAAGCAGUGGCUCUUCAGGUGGAAGGAUAAAAGGUUUUUACACUCUUUUUUGGGGAUACUUGUUGGAAGCGAACGUCCUGCCCCACAUCUGGGUGUGGAGGUCCAGGCUCUGGCCGGGGACCAGGGGAUGAUUUGUAGCUAUUGCCAAACCUGAGCCGCCGCUCUCUGCCUUUGGCUCACGGGGUUUAUUUCUCUUCCCAGCAUCUUCAGCUUGUUCCCCAGCCGGGAUGGCUCAGUGACGGCUGCUUUGGGCUGUGCACCAUCUUCUGCCUUCUCAGCCAGGCUGGUGGUGGGGAGGGAGCUGGGCAGGGGAGGGGAUUCUGUCCACAGGGAAAAUACUGCGUGGGCUUGUGGAAAGCCCUAAGAGGAGUGCAGGGAAGGCUGGGGAAAGGAGACCCCUUUGUGAUCCCACACCAUGGCACAGCAUCACCCCCCCUUGGGCCGUGGGAGCUGUGGCUGGAUAUACGGGAGCCCGUGCGGGGAUGGGGGUCACUGGGUGCACCCUGUCCUGGACCAAGGAUGGGGGAUGCCAUGAGAUUGGGACUGCAAGGGGAACGCCCAGCUAAGAAGGGACAACCUUGCUCCAUCGUGGCUGGAUUUGGGAUCGUGGAGUGGGGGACAGCCCCGGUGCCCCCCUGGAGAGGUGCCUGGUUGGACGUGAGGGUGUGGGGAUGUGCAGAAGGUGGGGAAGAGAGGGGAAAAGGAAGAGGGAGGACAUGUCGGAGGUGUCCUGGAGCUGCUGCCCUGCAGGGGUGCAGGGAAGGGAGCAGAGGGGACAUGGGGGUGCCAGGCCAGGGGCACUGGGCUGUGCACUGGUGGGCUUGGGGCUGUUUCACCCCACAUGUUCCUGGGAGGCCUUGGUGUCCUUCAUGUGCUGCCGUUAGUGCCUGUAAAGAGAAUAAUCCCCCCGGCAGGGUGGCAGCACCCCCUACGCCGUGCUGGGUACCUAUAGACGUGGGUGAUCUGUGGAUCUGUGGCCACCAAAGGGUCUGCACAGGUGCUUCAGGGCGGGCAUACGAAAUCCCUGGGCACUUGGGAUUGUCGUGGCUCUCAGGUGGUUCUGCUGGGCCCUCGCUGGUGGUACACGGCAUGUGCGGGGCUGGCUGGGGUGCCCGCUCUGCACCCCGCUCCUGGCACCGGCGGGCA